GCAUCGAUCAUUAAGAAUUUCAUAAUGAAUCACUCGAUGAGAUUGGCUAUUUUCAAUGACUUUGUUCCUUUGAAGUUGCUUUCGAUUGCCGAGACUCGCUUUGCUUCAUCCAUUGUGAUGCUUAGGAGAUUUAAGCUCAUCAAGCAAGGUCUUCAAUCGAUGGUAAUUAGCACUCAAUGGAAUUCUCAUAGGCAAGAUGAAGGGGCUUCAUUUGUGAGGGAGACUUUGUUGAAUGAGAGGUGGUGGGAUAAGGUGGACUACAUUCUAUCUUUUACGGCACCUAUUUAUGACAUGCUUAGAGCAUGUGACACGGAUAAGCCUACUCUUCACUUGAUUUAUGACAUGUGGGAUACUAUGAUUGAGAAAGUGAAGCUUGCCAUCUACACACACGAAUAUGUCCAAUUGGAUUAUGAGAGUGAAUUUUAUAACGUCAUUCAUAAAAUACUUAUGGAUAGGUGGAACAAGAACAAUACACUGCUUCAUUGCUUGGCGCAUGCUCUAAAUCCAAGGUAUUAUAGUGAGAAAUGGCUUCAACAAGAUCCAAAGCGAGUUCCUCCACACAAGGAUGAAGAGGCCACAAAUGAGAGAAAGAAAUGCUUGAAAAGGUACUUUGAUGAUUCCAUAAUGCGUACCAAAGCCAAUAUGGAGUAUGUCAAGUUCUCAACCAAGGAUGGGCCAUUUGCCGACAUUGAUUCUAUUGAAGCUAUGUGGACUGUGGAUCCUCAUAGUUGGUGGAUUAUUCAUGGUGCAUCCGCCCCGACUCUUCAAACUAUAGCCUUGAAGGUUCUCAUUCAACCUUCUUCUUCUUCACGUUGUGAGAGAAAUUGGAGUACAUGCUCCUUCAUCCAUUCAUUGAAAAAGGAUAGGAUGACCCCCCUAUCGGGCAGAGGACUUGGUGUUUGUUCAUAGCAACCUUCGGCUUUUAUCGAGGAGAAGCCCACAAUAUUGUCAAGGGCAGACUAAGAUGUGGGAUAUUGCGGGAGACCAAUUUGGCUCACUUGAUGAGGUUGGGAUGCUUGAGGGUGCAAACCUCUCACUUGAUGAACCCGAAAUGGAGGCUACAGUCUUUAGGGAUGAUGGAAAUGAUCUUGAAGGAAAUUAAGAAUUGAUGGAAGAUGGGUCUAAUUGAAAUUUGGAGACUAGUUGCUUAGUUAUUUCUUUGGCUUAGUAUUAUGGAACCAUGGAUGUUUAUCAUGUUAAUUUUGUUUUCAAUUGGGUAUUUGGAUUGUAUUGAACUUAUGGAUCAUGGAUGUCUUGUUUUGUUUGAAUGGUAUUAGAACUAUGGAUGUUGUGUUUUAUCUACAUUUUGCCAUUUAAACUUGGAAAAAAUUGAAAAAAAAAUUAUAAAUAAAUAAAU